UUCAAUUGCUUCGGUUGCACGCGCGCAACAUUGUGUUUUGUGUGUAGAUCGAACGAGAAGAUCUUUAUUGUUGCCGACCCACCAAAGAGCACAUCUGCAGCACGUGUGAAUCAGAUCCCCGAUACAUACACACACACACACACACACACAUACAAGGGUGACUUGGUGUGAACAGGCAGUUCGUGCGCGGACUCGAGAUCGAGUUGAGCGGGCGGCCGAGCGACAUUUAUCAACGCGCAACCGGCCGGUGUAGAGGCUCAGUUCUUGGCGGGACUGCAAACCGAUAGGAUAUACCCGGUAACUAAGGCGGUUCGCAGACAGUCAGUCAGUCAAACAGACUCUCCGUCUUAGGAAAACAGCGCAGACAGUGUACCAAAGUACUAAACCAACACCUUUAGCAACCGUGUGAACCCAUAGUGCAUUUUCCAAGUUACAGCCAAGCAAGCCAGGUGUCAGAGACCGCGUGUGUGGGUGUGUCUGUGUGUAACUCAAAAUUAGUUUUAUUUUGCGAAACAUUCUGCAAAAUGGCACCUGUUUGUUGUGACAAAAUGGCUAACCCAAGCAGUUACCAUGGCCACCACAGCGGCAGUAGCAGCUCCAGAAGAAACAGCAGCCGACGCCGCAGCAGCAGCAGCAGCGGUAACGGCCACCGUCUUCCGUCGACCUCCGCUAGUGUUAUGCUAAUCGCAUCAAUUUGGAUAUUAUCAGUACACUACGGACAUGCACAGGACUUUGGCUACGAUGGCGAAAAGGGACCAUCACACUGGGGUGAGCAGUACAAUUCGUGCGCCGGCAAACACCAAAGUCCGAUCAACAUAAACUCGCUGGACGUGAAAAAGGUGAACCUGCCACCGCUGGCGCUGGUCGGAUUCGAUGUUGCACCCCGGGAAACCAAUCUCACCAACAACGGUCACACCGUGGUCGUGACGAUGGAUUCGGAAGUAACACCGACGGUUUCCGGUGGCCCACUGUCUGGCGUGUACGAGUACUCGCAGCUGCACUUUCACUGGGGUGACAAUGAUACGUUCGGUAGCGAGGACAUGAUCGACAAUCACCGCUUCCCGAUGGAACUGCACGUCGUAUUCUUCAAGCAGGAAUACAAAUCGGCCAAAUCGGCCCUCAACCACCCGGACGGAUUGACCGUGCUGGCGUUCUUCUUCGAGAUCGCACCGGACGAUAGCCCGAUGUACGAAGAGUUUAUCGCGCUGCUCAACAACGUCACCGAAAGCCACCAGUCGGCCCGCUUCGACACUCCGCCGACGCUGCAGGAUCUGAUCGCGGACGAUCUGGUGCAUUACUACACGUACAACGGUUCGCUGACGACGCCACCGUGCAGCGAGGUGGUCACGUGGAUCGAUUUCAAGGAACCGAUACUGUUGUCACACGCUCAGGUACAAGCGUUCCGUGCGCUGCAAGAUGAACAUAACACUCCACUGACUCACAACUUCCGACCGGUUCAGCCGCUGGGCGAUCGGGUUGUGCUGUACAACACGGACGAAGUGAUCAAGGAGGUGGAUCUGGAGAAGGAUCUGCCACCGGCGGUGGUAGAAGAUAUUCUCGAUACGAACCGCAUCGAUGGAGCUCCAUCAGCCUCCGAAUCAUCGGCAUCAAAGACGACGACGAAACGUCCAAGCAGCCGGGAAAACGGAGCAUCUACAAUACAGUCCUACGGGACAUUACCAAUAGUGAUGGUCCUAAUGGCUGUGCUUGCUGUGACUGCCGCUCGUGGCACUGCGUGCUGAGAAGAGGCGUUGGUGAUGCUUUAACGUUCCUGGUGAACGCAGCCCCGUUGGCUGUAUCUUGGAGUGUAAAUAAUAGUUUUACGAAGAUAGAACAUUUGGAACCCCAACCGGCUCGCUGCGGAUUAUGAACCCCCUUUUGAGAAAACGUACAAAUGAAGCUUCAACUACACCCAUCCGGUAGGUUUGUUCAAGAAACGCGACACAAUGUUGGAGUUUCGCACACAAAUUAUUUGAAUACCGCAGUUUUAACACUCACAGUUAACCAAUUAGAGGAGGAUAUAUAGUGUAAUAAAUGGAUAUCAUGAAAUAAACC